UUCCUUCCUCCACCACUUCGUCUGUUCGUAUCAAGCUGUUCCAUGUCUUCCGUUCAUUAACACAACAGCGAUGUGGCUAAGGAAACCAACCUACUAUUUUUGGCACGUAUCCUGCUGUUAAAACGGAGGCCCGUGUAUUUAUCAAUCCGGUUAUUACACAAGUUAGUUGUUUCAGGCUUUCUUGAGAAGGAAAGAGUGCGAAAAGCGACGUUAGCUUCAGUCCCAUGUUGUCGCCGAAUCAGAACGAACAUGACCGCUCCAAAGAUCCGGUGAAAUACGGCGAACUGGUCAUACUCGGAGGUUUAAGGGUGUUUUUGCAAGAAACCAACCUGCCAGUCAAAGGGUUCAAGAAAAAUGAAGGAUAAUAAACGUUCAUGUUUACAGUGCCUGUACAAUGGCUCCCUUCCUGGUGGAGAUAAGGGGAGGAAAAGGAGCCGCUUUGCUCUUUACAGAAGGGCAAAGGCUAACGGUGUUAAGCCAAGCACUGUGCAUAUCCUCAGCAAUCCACAGGACAGCAAGGCAGUUAAUAGCAGGGGGCAGCACAGUAUCUCCUUCACACUCUCUAGGAAUCAAACUGUGGUGGUGGAAUACUGUCAUGAUGAUGACACAGAUAUGUUCCAGAUUGGCAGAUCCACUGAGAGCCCCAUAGACUUUGUGGUGACUGAUACACCAGGAGGAUCAAAAGAGAGCGAGGACUCUGUUGCACCCAGCACCAUCUCACGCUUUGCCUGCAGAGUUGUGUGUGAACGCAACCCCCCCUACACUGCCCGGAUUUAUGCAGCUGGCUUUGACUCCUCCAAAAACAUUUUCCUUGGGGAAAAAGCAACAAAGUGGAAGAACCCAGAUGGUCAGAUGGAUGGCCUAACAACCAAUGGAGUACUGGUGAUGCAUCCACAAGGUUUCCCAGAGGAGUCCAAGCAGGGCAUGUGGAGGGAGAUUUCUGUCUGUGGAAAUGUCUACACUCUGAGAGAGACCAGGUCUGGCCCCAUCCGUGGACAGCUGGCUCAGGGUGAAAGCAGCGCUCUGAAGGAUGGCUCUCUGGUGGACCUGUGUGGUGCAACGUUGCUGUGGCGCACAGCCGAAGGCCUUCUCAAAGCUCCUACUUUGCGUCACCUGGACGCACUGCGUCUGGAGCUGAAUGCAGCACGUCCACAAUGCCCCGUGGGCCUGAGCACGUUGGCGUUUCCCAGCCUACCCCGUAGCCACAGCCUGGAGGAACGCCAGCCCUGGGCCUACCUUACCUGUGGCCAUGUGCACGGCCGACAUGACUGGGGCCAGAAGCCUGAGCACAGCCGCGAGUGUGAGGGAGGCCCUAACACAGGUUGCAGACGGGAGUGCCCUCUGUGUCGAUCACUAGGGCCUUACGUGCCCUUGUGGCUGGGCUGUGAGCCUGCAUUCUAUGUGGACGCAGGGGCUCCCACCCACACUUUUGUUCCCUGCGGCCAUGUGUGCUCUGAGAGGACUGCAAAGUAUUGGGCUGAGACAUCGCUGCCACACGGGACCCACGCCUUCCAGCCCAUAUGCCCAUUUUGCUCUACGCCUUUGACAGGCAGACCUGGCUUCACCCGCCUCAUCUUUCAAGGGCCUGUCGAUUGACAAGUAGACGCAGGGGGUACAAAGCAUGAUAGGAUCGCUUUCUUGGGAGUGUGUUCAUACUGUAAAUAAAUACACAUGCUGAAAUCACAUGCAAAUCUACCGUAGCUUCCUUAGUAUAUGCACACAAUUAACUCAGUAUGUGUAUUUUGCAAUUGAAUGCAGCCCUGAGUUAGCCUGGUGAACAACAUAUGUUUAAUCUAGCUAUAAAUAUCACCAUAUUUUGUUCAUGGAUUCAGUCAGACACUGACCCAGUAGUGAGUCAAAUCAGUGUGCCCUGAGGAGUUACAGAGGCAGUUCAUGUUCGAUGACAUUUGAGGUUAAAGGUUAAUGGUUAAUCGCUAGAAGAAAAAUCUGCUUAAAUGUAUGGAGAGCCAUACGUGCUAUAUUAAUUCCUUUAACUGAAAAAUUAGCAGCCCAGUGAAAGAGGCUUUUCUGGGUUUAGCAAGAGUUUUUUUUUUUUUUUUUUUUUUUUUUCUUAAAUCAUCCACUUACUAAUUUAUGAUGUCGGUAUACACUACCAGUGCCAGACAGAAUCCAUGGAAUUUAAACAAAUUUACAGUACCAAUUACCUCUUCACUUUAAGAUUGCAGCUUAAUACUCACCUAUUGCAUACUAAUUACUGGGCCUCUGGAUGCUUGUAAUAAGUUGUUGGGAAGUUAGAUUGCAUCUCUUUUGAUGUUUUAGUUUUUAGGAUCUCAGGACAGUAAGUGGGGGACUGCUGCAGAAACCUGUGACUUCUCGAAAGUUUACAUCUAGCUUUUAAUGUAGGGAGUAAAAUGUCCAUGCUAUUGAUGGACUCCUACCUCCAUCUAUGGCCAAUUGUACUGCUUCCUCAGUGCGUUAUACAUGCUUUAAUUGCACCUAACUCUAAAAAGGAAACUCUCUUAAACAAACACAUCUUAAGCAAUAAGCAUUCCUAGAAUUAAGCUAAAGCUCAAAGGAGAGAUGCAAUGACUCGAGCAUGUACUACCUGAUUCUAACAUACAUGUGGUGAACUCGGAAUUGUAGUCGUUGAAGGGCUUUAGCAAGUCAUGAGUAAAGUAGCCCUGGUGAUUUUUUAAUUUUUAGAUUGUUCUUUGUAUUGUUAUAAUUGUUUUAGCAUUUAAACAACAGUUGAAGUUGUAGCUGCAGUAUACACAGUAGUAGUUAAAAAAACAUCCAGAUGUAAUAUUUUUGUACAUGGUUGUGUUACUAAACUUUGACCCAAGGUCAGUUUUUAUAUAACAAGUGUUUCACGUAUAUAUGUAUAAAUAUAUUAUUUUCAUGUGCAAAUAUGAUUUAAAUCCUGGAGAGCCCACAGCAGAAAAGUAUGCCUCACUGUGUCACACUCCAAAAUGUUAUAGCAAACCCUCAACAUAGUAAGCAGUAUGAUGAAUGUACUAUUCUAGGGCCUAGAUAAUAACUCUGCUGUCCUUGGUGCUAUCAUUCAAUUUAAAUGCUUCAUAUAUAUUUUUAUCUGAACAUCACUGCACUUCUUGAAAGUAUUUAAUUGUUUUGGUAACUUAAUGUCAAAAUGACCCACUGAAUCACUUCUACACAUGCAGGCUUUGCACUAUGCAUGUCUAUGAUGAGCUUUUCACAGGAGAAGGCUUUUAAAUUGCAAAUAUAUAUACAGUGUUAAGACAGACACACUCUACUUUACCUCACAUGCAGGAGAAGAGACCUCAACUGAACAUAUUUUUAUAUAAACUGAAAGAGAUAUCGUGAUCGAUUUUCACUUUUCUUGCUUGUCAUGACUAUUUCAUACAACUGAAUUAAAUUUUGUCUUUUUUUUCUUCUUCCCCAAGGGGCAUUGUAUGUCCUAUUUGAUGCAUUGUAUCUAUAACCACUAAUAUUCAUUUAAACAACUUAAACAGAUAUCCAGCCAAGUUAAUGCAUUCCUUAUUUGAGUCAAUCCUGGAGACCCAAGACCACAGCUUUGUUGUAGAAUUUUAGUGUCUUGCAUACAUAUACAGUACACACACAUAAAGAUGAUUCUGUGUCUUCCUGAUGGCUCAGAAAUGCCCUUCUGUCCAAUUCUAAACCUGCAAGGGAUCUUGUUCCUUCUGCAAGCUGAUAAUGGGCAAUCUCAGGUUUACACAAGUCAGAGUUUACACUCAUCUCAGUGUCUCUGUACACUCUAUUGUCAGGUCACCAUUAGCAGGGUUGGAGAUAUGUGUGCCUGUGUGUGCCAAUAUAAUUUACUACUCACGAUUUAUCACAACAGGGUCUUACCUCAGAAAACACAACAUCUGGGGCAUAUUCAAGAUAUGUGAAAUACGUUAUUAGUCUGGUUCACUGACCGCAUUAUAGUUCUGUGCUGUAUCUCCAGUCAUCUUCCAAUUUUAUUGCCUUGCUUAAAACAGCAUAUAAAAAUGACUCUGGAAGAAUAUGCCCUUAAAUAUACAAUUGCUAUCCAAA